AUGACCACAUAUCUUGCAACGCCAAAUAGCCACAAAGGGCCCCGAGUUGCAGUCCGAGCAACGCCAGGUCAAGAUGUUGCCAUUGGUAGCCUGAACAAUGGCAAAGACGUGACCGGAACAUUGGUUGGCCAUGUUGAUAUCAAAGACUUGGAAGCUAUUAUAGUUAGAAGUAGCUCAUUUGACCUUCAAGCUCCAGAGGCUCACAUAUUUAAAGUAAAACCCGAGGAAUUGGGAACGUCGAUCACUGAAAGAGCGGAGAAGGGUUCCAAGCACUUGGAUUGA